AUGGAGUCCUCAAACCAAACAUCUGUGACUAGGUUUGUCCUUCUCGGCCUCUCUAAUAUCCCAUUCUUCCAGCCUAUUUACUUCCUGUUAUUCUUGGUGAUUUACAUAGUCACCCUCUCUGGAAACAUUCUGCUAAUUAUAGUUGUAAGAAUUGAUAAUCGUCUACACACUCCCAUGUACUUUUUUCUCAGCAACCUCUCUUUUAUUGACAUCUGCUUCUCCUCUACAACUGUGCCGAAAAUACUGGUUAAUACGUUAUCUCAAGAUAAAAGCAUUUCCUUCUUUGGAUGUGCAGCACAGAUGUACUUCUCUCUAGCGUUGGGUGCCACAGAAUGUAUAAUAUUGGCCGUUAUGGCAUAUGACAGAUAUAUAGCUAUCUGUAAACCACUACACUACACCACUAUCAUGAACAAAGUUGUCUGUAUUUGUCUGGCCGCUACAUCCUGGAUUGUCAGCUUUCUUAACGCUUUACUUCAUGCGUUCUUAACCUUUCGACUGCCUUACUGCAAGUCUAACCAUGUUAAUCACUUUUCCUCCCACCUCACAGUAGUAUCUCUCUACUAUGGAACCAUCAUCUUUAUGUAUUUGCGUCCACGCCACAGUUAUUCACCAAGGCGGGACAGAGCAGUUUCUAUCCUGUACACAGUUGUGACGCCCAUGCUAAACCCCAUCAUCUAUAGUAUAAGGAAUAAAGAUGUUAAAGGCACUCUGAGAAAGACUCUGAACUAUGAAUGA